AGCAGAAUGGUGCUCAGCUCAGCGAGCUGGGAGUGAGGGUCCUGGGGAGCUGCUGUGUCUCAACUCCAGGCUUGGGAGCCCCCGCCACGCGCUCCACAUCUCAGUCCUGCAGCCUCUGUGCACCCAGAAAGGGGUGCGUUCUCUAGGUGGGCGGGGCGGGAGGCUUUCCGCCCUCUUCCAAGAUGGCCGCCACCGCCUCUGUGACAGGUCUGGUCACGUGGACACGCUCGCCUAUGAGGUGGCUGGGGCUUGGCCGGCGAUUGUCCCUUCCCGGGCCCCGUCCCGAGGCGGAGCCUGCCCUUGUCAACCGGCGCCUGAGCGAUCAUGGCAACGGGCUCGGGCAGGGAGCGCGUGGCGGCGGCGGUGGCGGCAGCAGUUUGGUCUCGAGCCGGGGUGGUAGAGCAGCAGCGGCGGCGGCGGCGGCGCUGGCACCGGCCCUGAGCGCCAUGCGGCGGGGCAGCGCCGAAAGGGAGCUGGCGGAGCGGUGGGAGCUGGAGGCCAAAGCCAAGGCGGCGGCGGAGCGGGUCGGCGUGGACGCGGGUGCAGCCGGCGAGCCGGAGCGCAAAGCUGCCGAGGAGCAGCCCAAGGCGCCGGCCCCGGAGCAGCCCCGCGCGGCGGAGGAGGGGGACGCCGGCGUCUCCCCGCAGCCGCCGCCCGCGCUGCCCCAGGACAAGCCGAGGCCGGCGCUGGCGCGGGGCCCCUGCCAACACGGGAAGCCCCGGAGCAAGGGCCGGAGCUGCAAGCGGAGCUCCGGCCGCCUCCCGGACGAGUGCGGCGCCCUGCGGCCGGUCACCGUGGACAGCUCCAAGGCCAAGACCUCCCUGGACGCCCUGAAGAUCAGCAUCCGCCAGCUCAAGUGGAAGGAGUUCCCAUUUGGCCGCCGCUUACCUUGUGACAUCUACUGGCACGGAGUUUCAUUCCACGACAGUAACAUAUUCUCCGGUCAAGUGAACAAGUUCCCAGGCAUGACGGAGAUGGUGCGGAAAAUCACGCUGAGCAGAGCCGUGAGGAUCAUGCAGAGCCUCUUCCCGCAGGAGUACAACUUCUACCCCCGCUCCUGGAUCCUGCCCGACGAGUUCCAGCUCUUCGUCGCUCAGGUACAAAUGGUGAAAGAAGGGGACCCCUCCUGGAAACCCACUUUUAUUGUGAAACCUGAUGGCGGCUGUCAGGGGGACGGAAUCUACCUCAUCAAAGACCCCACUGACGCCCGCCUGGCAGGGACCCUGCAGAGCCGGCCGGCGGUGGUCCAGGAGUACAUGUGUAAGCCCCUCCUGAUCGACAAGCUCAAGUUUGAUAUUCGCCUGUACGUCUUACUCAAGUCCUUAGACCCCUUGGAGAUUUACAUAGCCAAAGACGGGCUCUCCAGGUUCUGCACGGAGCCCUACCAGGAGCCCAGCGCCCAAAACCUGCACCACGUCUUCAUGCACUUGACCAACUACUCGCUGAACAUCCACAGUGGCAACUUCAUCCACUCGGACAGCGCAAGCACGGGCAGCAAGAGGACUUUCUCCAGCAUCCUCUGCAGGCUGUCUUCCAAAGGCGUCGACAUCAAGAAGGUCUGGUCUGACAUCAUCUCCUUGGUGAUCAAGACCGUCAUCGCCCUGACUCCAGAGCUCAAAGUCUUCUACCAGUCAGACAUCCCCACCGGCAGGCCCGGCCCCACCUGCUUCCAGAUUCUAGGCUUCGACAUCCUCCUGAUGAAAAACUUGAAGCCCGUGCUCCUGGAAGUCAACGCCAACCCCAGCAUGAGAAUCGAGCACGAGCAAGAGCUUUCCCCAGGGGUGUUUGAGAAUGUCCCCAGCGUUGUCGACGAGGAAGUGAAGGUGGCUGUGAUCAGAGACACGCUGCGCCUCAUGGACCCUCUGAGGAAGAAGAGAGACAACCAUAGAGACAAGAAGUUCAAAAGCCGUAUUGUGGCUGGAGCCGCCUUACCGUCUGCUGCCAACACAUGAAGAGCUGGAGGGCUCUCACUGCCUUUUCACAUUUAUAAAUGGCGUUGCAACAAAAUUCCCCGUCUUCUUCUUGCUCUGUGUUUUGCUCCUCAUAGACCCAGAUAAUCCAUAUGAGUUGCUGAUCUAAAAUUUAAUAGCAGUGGGGCUCAGGAGCAUUGAUUGGGGAGGGUAGAAAAGGCAUUUUACAACUUAUCAAGUCAUAAGUAGCAGCCCCUCAUUUUUAAUUUAAAAAGCAUUGACUUUUUUUUAUUGAUAACCAGAAACAGUUAGAACUUGAAGAACCUGACUUCAAUUCUAAUAUAAAAACCCUUUCAUCUCCCCGCCUUUUUUUCCCCCUACAAUGUAAGUCUGUAUGUUGAUAGCUAAAUGCCACUUACUGAUAUUUUCCCUUCGUUUCACGUUUUUUUCUUUCUCCUUUUAAACCCAGCGGUGAUGAUUAUGCACGAGACACUUUGUAAUCUGUAAAGUGUAUUUAUACGUAAGGGGUGAUUAUCAUCAUCACAAUAACUUUCCCCUGCAGAGGAAAAGGUUGAAAUCGUCGUCAACUCCACGGAGUAGAAAUAACUUGGCACCGCACUUGAGUGACGUGCACAGAAAAUGCACAGUGGGUUUUUGUUUGUUUGUUUGUCCAUUCCAAGUCCGUGUGGCUGCAACCGGGUAGAGUGAUGGAGCCAAGACGUCCAGGCUGGCAGUUCCCUUUGGAAGUCGGGUUGCUCGUGUUUGCGCAGAAUCUGAGCUAAACCUUUUCAAACGCAGGAUCCCGCUCUCCCUCUGCGAGGCUUUCGCCCAAGAGGGUCUGAAGGGCCCCUCGUUAGGUCCUUGCUGGGGCCAGUUUGUCAGCAAGGCUGUUGAGGCAGGUCUCCACCUUUCCCACACACACACACUGGAGGAGAAAUGAGACGGCCAGCACCCCUCAGCUCCCCAGACUGCUCUGGGAGGGUGCAGAGGGGACCCUAGAAGGGACCCUGCACACGCGUGUCCAUGCAUCCCGUGUCUUGACACAUCCCUGGGCCUUGAGGCCUGGGGCCAGUGUUGGUGGGGCUGAAUACCAUCCUCAGGCCAUAGGACUUCCACGUGGAGGGAGGAGCUAGACCCUACCAUUAUCCAGCUGGGCAUCGUCUCCUUGAACUUACACCGCCGAGAUUCAAAAUCCUGACCUUGGGAAUGUCAUAUAGCUAUUUUGAGCCUCAGUAUCCUUGUCUAUAAAAUGGGUAUAACAUUUAAACGAAAAAUGAGAAAAAGUGAUAUGGUAGGCACUUAACAACUGUUAGCUCCCCACUCAACAAUAUUAGUCUCUUUCCUGGUAGAGUUUUGAAUUUGAAGCCAAUGACAUAUUCUAUAACUGAAGCUGUGAGAGCGCUAUAGGCUAGAAUCCGCCUUGGAGCUGGUUACCCCCAGUGGAAGGUUAUAUUUGUACUAAGUUGGCGGGUUAGAUAAUGCACCUUUGGCCCCGGAAGGCGGUAAACAGCUAUCAUUUGAGAAUGAUUUUGACCAUGGUGACAUUUCACAGUGUCUAGUGACUAUUGAUCUUCAUGCAGGGUGUCGUAGAGCACUGUACGGACAUGGGAAGGGAGAGGCUGAUGGGAUAGGUUUCCGGAAACAUCAUCUUUAUGGAGGUAAAAUUGACAUACAAGAAAAUCAGCCAUUUAAAUGUGCACACAUCAGUGGCAUUGAGUGCAGUGGCAAUGCUGUGCAACCAUCGCCCCCUUCAGCUCCAAAUGCUUCAUGGCUUCAGAAGGAAAACCCACACCCAGAAAACGGUCGCUCCCACUCCUCCCUCCCCUGGCCCAGCCGCCACCCAUGGGCUCCCUGCCUGCGGGUUUGCCCAUUCUGGAUGCUUCAGGUAAACAGAGUUGUAGGACACACGGUCUCGCGUGGUGGGCGUCUUUGACUUAACGUGCUCGAGGUUCACCCGUGUCGUCGAAUGUGUCAUAGUAUCUCGUUGUACAGACAUUUCAGUGUCCGUUCAUCAGUGGGUGGACAUUUGGGUGGAAGCCAGGGAGGGGCUGCAAUGGUCUGUUUUAUACGUUGGCACUUGGUAGAGUUCACUGGCGAGGAAGAGGUCUUUUCUGUUACAAGAAGUUCCUAGAACCCAGGAGUUAAGUCAACCCCCUCGUUUUGUCGAUAGGGCACAGAUCAGAUCUUAGGAGCCAGUCAGCUCCCUUCCAAGCCUCCCUGACAGAGCAGCAGCGUGCAUCCUGGUGGGGCACUGGGCUCAGCGUCAGGCAGCUCUGGGGCGAAACCCUUACAUUCUGAGCUUUGCACAGUGGGCUCGGCCAAGCUGCUCUGUCCUCGGAUCUUGUCUGUAAAGUGGGCAUCAAGGUACCUCCUUGGCUGGGUUGUCAUGAUGAUGAUGUGCAAGAUAGCUGCCUGAAAUCUGCGCGCCUUGGACACACGCUGGCCCUUAGGGCUGCCGACUGGCCCAGCGGCCUUCCUGCCAAGGUUGGGUGCCGGUGACCGGUCACUCCCCAGCUCCGGAGGCGACAGUGUUGUGUGCACCGUGGUUUGGCCCCCAGCAUCACAGGUGAGGAAACAGGAGGGCACGUGUCCCGCUCCAAGUCACAAUGCCCAGCCGAGGUAGGGUGCAAACUGGCCCAGGCUCUCUCCUUUUCGCCACGUCGCUGCAUCGGUCUCUCCAUCUGGACACUCAAAGCAUCACUUUGUGUGAGAAGGAAAACGCAAGGAGAGGCAACAGGAAUCAUCCUCCUGUCUCGGGGUGUAUGGGCAGCCUCAGUUCUUGUUCUCUGCCUGAAGUGGAGGUGAGUGAACAACAUUCCCUGACCGCUUCUAAAACGAGCUGAUUUCCCCACCAAUUGAUUACUGUUUGGAAGGUCGGUUUACCCCGUGGAGGGGGCCGUUUUCCAAGUAUUGGGUUCUUUUUCCCUGGUGUAGAUGUUCCUGGGAACAGGGCUCCUUCCCUAGGGGAUCAUAACUCUUGGGGGUCCCAGGGUAAUGUAAGUGAAGGUAGCCAGGCCCGGGAAAUCGGGGUGCGUGUCCCCUUGAUAUCAUAGGCCACGCCCAGCCUGUGAGCCGGCUUGUCAGCUGUGGCCUCCUACCCACAGAUGUGUGUCCUACCCACAGAUGUGUGUCUGCAGCCGGACUCACACGAAGCCCAGAAGCCCCCCUCUCUCUCUAGUUCAUAAUCCUCUUCCCUCUUUGUUUACCACCUGUCGCCAUAGCAACCAAGUGCCUUUAUUCUAAAGGGAAGAGCCCGCCCGCCUGAGAGCUUCGCACCUGAUCUGGAGAUGUUUGUUUCACCAGGAGCUCAGGCUCUGCCUCUUACUUGGCUCUCAUCUCGGGCAGCCUGUGCCGUGCUCAGAACCGGCACACGAGUGCCCAGGGGCGGGGGGAUUCUUUGUAGAACCCUGGAUACAGGAGAAGCAUUCUAAGAGCAGAGAACUAGGACUCUCCCGGGGGCUCAGUUCCCUGGCUGGGCCUUGAAAUAGGACCAGGGGAUGCGCUUUGUCACAUUAAUCAGGAGUCCUCCAAACCCAGACCUCGGCCCCUCAGGCUGCAGCCCCCUCGGCCACUAAGAGGAGGGACCCUGCCUGUGCAGACGCGAGUCUAGAACUUGAACAGACUCUUCCAAGAAUCAUCUGACUGUCCUGCCGAAUAGCCCACCCACGUAAACACAGCCGACCUGCAGCUGAAAUUCUGGGGUUCAGCUGAUUCCUAAGAGCUCCUCAACGGCCAGGUCCUACAGACCAGCACACGCCGACCCCAAGUGCCUUUGAAGAUUUUACAGAAAUAAGAAGUCUGAGAAGUGACUAUUUGUGUAUUCAUGGACAUCUCAUCUAUUUGCAUAUUCAUUUGCAUCUCAUUUGUACCAUGCAGGGAUUGAAGAAACCAUAUCCAUUCA